UGUUAAUAUCCGAAUGGAUGGAGGAAGUUCGUUCCUUCUAAAGGUUUGAUGUCGGUGUCACCAGUGAUAAUAGAUUCAAUAGAUGUGUUUACAAGUUGUUGACGGGUGCCAAUGAUUAAGAAUUCAGUUUUCGCGUCAUUAAUCAUUAGAUGAUACGCAAUGAACCGGGUGCGAACGUCAGCAAUGCACUUCUCAAUCAUAGAGACAGUGUUAAUAUCCGAAUGGAUGGAGGAAGUUCGCAAAGAGAGUUGAAUCAUGAGUAUCCAGCCAAUGAAAACGUGGAUGUGCAUUUCAUCAGUUUGCGUUGGUUCAGACUAUGGGAAAUGUUUGAAAAAGGACAAGAAGAUGAUCCUCCAGGCCCAAUAGACAACAGCAACAUAAUUGUUUUAAAGGGAAAUACAAAAGUAUUAAACUAA